CUUUCUCCCCUCCCCACCCCACCUCUAACCUCCAGUACAGGUACACUGAACUACUCAUGCCGGGGGUGGGGGUGCUCAAGGGUUGGGGCUCAGGUUUUCUGAUCUCUGCUUCAACCUCGGACCUCUAGGUUCAGCUCUCUAUUCCCCUCAGCCCAGUCCCAUCCCCCAAUCCCAGCCUCACAUCACCAGCCCCGUCUAUCUGGGAGGUCCCUGAUCCCAGAUGGCUCCAGAUAUUCUGAAUAGGUUAAAGCAUGCCAGAAGCUUGUUACCAGGUGGAGAACCCCAUCCCUUUGCCUACCCUCCCUCUCUAUAACCCUUCCCCCCAGCCCUCACUCCCACCUGCUCUGCGGGCUCCGUCCCCAUCUCUGGCUACACAGGUUUCUGAGGUAUAGCCACUGGGGAGAGAAGUUAAACCAGUGGGACAGGAAGGAAGGGGCGGGGAGAGGGACCAAGAGGGCGGUGGGGAUUAGGGUCUGUGGGUUCCCUUUACCUAACUUUCCCAUUCCACCCCCUAAUUUUUUUUUCCUCUUUCCCCUGCCAGUAGAAAAAGAAUGGGUUUGGGAAUAUCAUUUGCUAGCUACCUGUGUGAUCUUGAGUAAGUUUACCUCUUUGAGCCGCAGGUUUCUCAUCUGCAAAGUGGAGUAAAGUAAAAAUGUCGAAUUCACAGGGUUAUGAGGGUGCCUAGCACAGGUGCCUGAAGCAUAAUUUGCCUUCAGAAAAUGUUAGAUUGUUUUACUUGCUCUUCUCUCCAUCUCCAGGUACCAACCCCCCGCUUUUCUUGGAUUUUUGGGGACCUCUCCACUGGCACUAGCCUUCCUUCCCCCACCCCUGCGGCCACAGUCCCUGCCAGCCUCGGGUUAUUCAGGGUAUUUCCCGGCGGCUGGAGGCUCUCUACCCCCGCCCUUUCGCAGCAGGGCUGAGGCGCGCGCUUGCGCGGGGUCCGGGAAAGCUGCGCGUGCCGGGAGAGAGAGGCUGGGGAAGGGGGGAGGUGAGAGGAGAGAGGGUGGGAAGGAGAGAGCGAGCAGCGGAGAACCUAGAACGACAGAGAGAGAGAGAAGGGAGAAGGGUUGGGGGAGUGAGAGGGUAGAGGGAGGGGUGGGUUAGGAGGAGAGACAACGAUCCGCUGCGAACCCCAGGAGACCUGAGAGCCCGAGCUGGACCUGGAGCCCUAGACGGAGCCGGGCACUGGGAGGCGGCCGCCGAGACCCGUCAGCCCUGCACCAUGUGUCUUCGGCUUCUCUGCGUCCUGCUCGCCGCGGUCUCAGGAGCUCGGGGCUGGGGCUACUAUGGCUGUGAUGAGGAGCUGGUCGGGCCUCUGUAUGCACGCUCCCUGGGGGCCUCCUCCUACUAUGGGCUCUUCACUGCGCCCCGCUUUGCCCGGCUGCACGGCAUAAGCGGAUGGUCUCCCCGAACUGGGGACCCGAAUCCCUGGCUCCAGAUCGACCUAAUGAAGAAGCACCGCAUCCGAGCUGUGGCCACCCAGGGCUCGUUUAACUCGUGGGAUUGGGUCACACGCUACAUGCUGCUCUACGGGGACCGAGUGGACAGCUGGACGCCAUUCUACCAGCGAGGGCACAAUGCGACCUUCUUCGGUAACGUGAACGAGUCGGCGAUAGUGCGCCACGACUUGCAUUACCACUUCACCGCGCGCUACAUCCGCAUCGUGCCACUGGCUUGGAACCCUCGCGGCAAGAUCGGGGGGGGGGGGGGGCUUCGGGGGACAGUCUUCCCGGUCCUCUGCCCACCUACUGUCCUUCGCGCAGAGUCCGACGUGCUCUAUUUCGACGGCGAUGAUGCCAUCUCAUACCGCUUCCCGCGAGGGGUCAGCCGAAGCCUGUGGGACGUGUUCGCCUUCAGCUUCAAGACCGAAGAGAAGGACGGGCUCCUGCUGCACGCCGAGGGCGUCCAGGGCGACUACGUGACCCUGGAGCUGCAGGGGGCGCACUUGCUGCUGCACAUGAGCCUGGGCAGCAGCCCCAUCCAGCCCAGGCCCGGUCACACCAGUGUGAGCGCUGGUGGCGUCCUCAACGACCAGCACUGGCAUUAUGUCCGUGUGGACCGAUUUGGCCGGGAGGCAAACCUCACCCUGGACGGCUAUGUGCAGCGCUUUGUGCUCAAUGGUGACUUCGAGAGGUUGAACCUGGACAACGAGAUGUACAUUGGGGGUCUGGUGGGCCCUGCGCAGAAGAACCUUGCCUAUCGGCAUAAUUUCCGCGGCUGCAUGGAGAACAUAAUCUUCAACCGAGUCAACAUCGCAGACCUGGCCGUGCGGCGCCAUUCGAGGAUUACCUUCGAGGGUAAGGUGGCCUUCCGUUGCCUGGACCCAGUCCCUCACCCCGUCAACUUCGGAGGGCCUCACAACUUCGUGCAAGUGCCUGGCUUCCCGCGCCGAGGUCGUUUCGCCGUCUCCUUUCGCUUCCGCACCUGGGACCUCACGGGGCUGCUACUCUUCUCCCGCCUGGGGGACGGGCUGGGCCACGUGGAGCUGAUGCUCAGCGAAGGGCAGGUCAACGUGUCCAUCGCGCAGACUGGCCGAAAGAAGCUUCAGUUCGCUGCGGGGUACCGCCUGAAUGAUGGCUUUUGGCACGAGGUGAAUUUUGCAGCCCAGGAGAACCAUGCAGUCAUCAGCAUUGAUGACGUGGAGGGGGCAGAGGUCAGGGUCUCAUACCCUCUGCUGAUCCGCACUGGCACCUCAUACUUCUUUGGGGGUUGUCCCAAACCAGCCAGUCGAUCGGGCUGCCACUCCAACCAGACGGCAUUCCAUGGCUGCAUGGAGCUGCUCAAGGUGGAUGGUCAACUGGUCAACCUGACUCUGGUGGAGGGCCGGCGGCUUGGAUACUAUGCUGAGGUCCUCUUUGACACAUGUGGCAUCACUGAUAGGUGUAGCCCUAACAUGUGUGAGCAUGAUGGACGCUGCUACCAGUCCUGGGAUGACUUCAUCUGCUACUGUGAACUGACAGGCUACAAGGGGGAGACCUGUCACCAACCUCUAUAUAAGGAAUCUUGCGAGGCUUAUCGGCUCAGUGGGAAAACUUCUGGAAACUUCACCAUUGAUCCUGAUGGCAGUGGCCCCCUGAAGCCAUUUGUAGUGUACUGUGAUAUCCGAGAGAACCGGGCAUGGACAGUUGUGCGGCAUGACAGGCUGUGGACAACUCGGGUGACAGGUUCUAGCAUGGAGCGGCCAUUCCUGGGGGCCAUCCAGUACUGGAAUGCCUCCUGGGAGGAAGUCAGUGCCCUGGCCAAUGCUUCCCAGCACUGCGAACAGUGGAUUGAAUUCUCCUGCUACAAUUCCCGGCUGCUCAACACCGCUGGAGGCUACCCCUACAGCUUCUGGAUCGGCCGAAAUGAGGAGCAGCACUUCUACUGGGGAGGCUCGCAGCCUGGGAUACAGCGCUGCGCCUGUGGUCUGGACCGGAGCUGCGUGGACCCUGCUCUGCACUGUAACUGUGACGCCGACCAGCCCCAGUGGAGAACCGACAAGGGGCUGCUGACCUUUGUGGACCAUUUGCCCGUCACUCAGGUGGUGGUGGGGGAUACAAACCGCUCCAAUUCUGAGGCCCAGUUCUUCCUGAGGCCUCUGCGCUGCUAUGGCGAUCGAAAUUCCUGGAACACUAUCUCCUUCCACACUGGGGCUGCCCUACGCUUCCCCCCCAUUCGUGCCAACCACAGCCUUGAUGUCUCCUUCUACUUCAGGACCUCGGCUCCCUCGGGAGUCUUCCUAGAGAAUAUGGGGGGCCCUUACUGCCAGUGGCGCCGACCUUACGUGCGGGUGGAACUCAACACAUCUCGGGACGUGGUCUUCGCCUUCGAUGUGGGGAAUGGGGAUGAGAACCUGACGGUGCACUCGGAUGACUUUGAAUUCAACGACGAUGAGUGGCACCUGGUCCGGGCGGAAAUCAACGUGAAGCAGGCCCGGCUCCGUGUGGACCACCGGCCCUGGGAGCUGCGGCCCAUGCCCCUGCAGACCUACAUCUGGCUGGAGUACGACCAGCCCCUUUAUGUCGGAUCCGCAGAGCUUAAGAGGCGCCCCUUCGUGGGUUGCUUGAGGGCGAUGCGUCUGAAUGGAGUGACUCUGAACCUGGAAGGCCGCGCCAAUGCCUCGGAGGGUACCUCCCCCAACUGCACAGGCCAUUGCGCCCACCCCCGCUUCCCCUGUUUCCACGGAGGCCGCUGUGUGGAGCGCUACAGCUAUUACACGUGCGACUGUGACCUCACGGCUUUUGAUGGGCCAUACUGCAACCACGAUAUCGGCGGAUUCUUCGAGGCCGGCACCUGGAUGCGCUACAACCUGCAGUCCGCGCUGCGCUCGGCGGCCCGGGAGUUCUCGCACAUGCUGAGCCGGCCAGUGCCGGGCUACGAGCCGGGCUACAUCCCCGGCUACGACACUCCGGGCUAUGUGCCUGGCUACCACGGGCCCGGGUACCGUCUGCCCGAAUACCCCCGGCCUGGCCGGCCGGUGCCCGGCUACCGUGGGCCGGUGUACAACGUCACGGGAGAGGAGGUGUCCUUCAGCUUCAGCACGGACUCCGCCCCCGCCGUCCUGCUCUACGUCAGCUCCUUCGUGCGGGACUACAUGGCCGUGCUCAUCAAGGAAGACGGGACCCUGCAGCUGCGGUACCAGCUGGGCACCAGCCCCUACGUGUACCAGCUGACCACGAGGCCAGUCACCGACGGCCAGCCCCACAGCGUCAACAUCACCCGGGUCUACCGCAACCUCUUCAUCCAGGUGGACUACUUCCCCCUCACAGAACAGAAGUUCUCGCUGUUGGUGGACAGCCAGCUGGAUUCACCCAAGGCCUUGUAUCUAGGGCGUGUUAUGGAGACGGGGGUGAUCGACCCAGAGAUCCAGCGCUACAACACACCGGGCUUCUCGGGCUGCCUGUCUGGUGUUCGGUUCAACAACGUGGCUCCCCUCAAGACCCACUUCCGGACCCCUCGACCCAUGACCGCGGAGCUCGCCGAGGCCCUUCGAGUUCAGGGAGAACUGUCUGAAUCGAACUGCGGAGCCAUGCCACGUCUGGUCGCAGAGGUGCCGCCUGAGCUGGAUCCCUGGUACCUGCCCCCAGACUUCCCGUACUACCACGAUGAGGGAUGGGUUGCCAUACUUUUAGGCUUUUUGGUGGCCUUCCUGCUGCUGGGGCUAGUGGGGGUGUUGGUGCUCUUCUAUCUGCAAAAUCACCGCUACAAGGGCUCCUACCACACCAAUGAGCCCAAGGCCACCCACGAUUAUCAUCCUGGCAGCAAACCAGCCCCUGCCCCAGCCCCUGGCCCCCGGGACCAAAAUCUCCCCCAGAUCCUGGAGGAGUCCAGGUCUGAAUGAAUCAGGAGAAGGGCUUUAGGGACCAAGUCCGUCUCCUCUGAAUCCCCCAGUUCCCACCUCUCCCCACCCUGUCAGGGACAUUUGGCUCCUCUUAGCUGGUUCUGCUCAUCCAGAGGAUGCCCCCCUGCCAAGUUUGGUGGGCAGAGCUACAGAUGGGACCAAAGGGAGUGGCCGACCUCACUGCCUACACCAACGCCCUCCCUGUCCCCGUUUCCCCAGGCUCCUGGUUGUUUGCCUGCCCCAAAGGAGAAUCUCCAUGGGGUUGAGACAGGCCCUCUCUGCCAUCCCUGUCCCAGCUGCUGCCAGGGAUUAACAACAGAGUGCAAGGGAGAUUAACUGCUUCCCUUCAAAUAUUCAAUCUCAGCAGGGACAGAUGUGUGGGAUUGCAGGGAUGCACAGGGCAUGGGGGGAGGAGGCUGCUAAAUCAUAUCCCCUAGCCUCCCCCCUGCCCUGCAGAACGUCUUCCAUCUGCUUCCACUCAGUUGGGGGUUAGGGAAGGCUUCACUGCUGUUCCCUACCCUCUCUUUUUCGUUUUUUCCAGAGACCAAGAGGCCUCGCUUUUAGCACCUUAGUACCUCCGCUGCUUCACACGCUUUAGCCAAAGCCAUAAAAAACACUUGCAAUGUAGAGAGAAUAAUGCAGACACGCUGACUAGCCAGCCCUCUAUUCUUCCUCCCUCUUCCAAGAUAUGCAAUAGCCUUGGUGCCUGUCCAAAGGCUUGGCCCCCUCUCCAGUGCAUGAGGAGUCCUCUUUCCUCCGCUCAGAGAUGCUGCUUCGUUUGCCCAGGAGGUCAUAUUCUUUAUAUAUAUUUUUUGUUGCAAAGUCUCUCUCUAGAGAAACUCUAUAUA